AUGGAGAUGGUAGCUAAGAACAGAGAUCCGUGGGAAGCACGGUUCGCAGAACUUAGCAACCAGGUUCUGAAACUGCAAAAGAACCAGCAGCCUUCGUCUGUUCUCGCCACCAUUCAGGCAAUGAUGGAAGAGACUAAACCUCCCUUCACCUCCGCAAUCAUGAGUGAGGUGAUGCUGCAGAGGUUUCGAAUACCUCCCAUCAUCCAGUACUCCGGGUUAGGUGACCCGUCCGAGCACGUAGAAGCUUAUCGCUCAUGGAUGCAAAUCCAGAUAGGAACGGACGCAAUGAUGUGCAGGGGUUUCUCAAUCACGCUCACUGGAUCCGCUCGGAGUUGGUAUUGGCAACUUAAACCCAACUCCGUUAGUUCCUUUGUAGAGCUCAGUAGAUUAUUCCUUACCCAAUUUAUAAGUGGUAAGAAGAGUUGGAAGCCGACUACCCAUUUGUUCACCAUCAAGCAGGGGCCUAAGGAGUUGUUGAAAGACUUCAUCGCCCGCUUCAAUGAGGAAGCAUUGCAAGUGGAGGACUACGACGACAAGAUGACACUCUCCACCAUGUUCAGCGGCUUGAAAGAGGAGAAGUUCACCUUCUCCAUUGGAAAGAAUCUGCCAAAGACGUUAGCCGAGCUCGUCACCAGAGCUCAGAAAUAUACUAAUGCCGAGAAAUUCUCCAACGCUCAUAAAAAUGUUCAAGUAGCAGAGCUAACUGGAAAGGGGAAGAGGCUGAGGAGCGAAGAACCCCAACCGUCCAGUAAAAGACCAGACGACUGCACUCCUCCCGAUCAUCGUCUGAGUAGAAAAUCAGAGGGUAAAUUUCAUUCAUACACUCCCCUCAACACAUUUACUGAAUAA